AUGGACAUGGAAUUUCAAUCGAGGUAUGAGAUCAAUCGGACGGCAGAGUUCAUAAUCAGCAAAAGCUUCACCAGAGUCGCUUUACAGUUCCCGGAUGAGUUGUUAAAGGAUUCGACUAAGGUCGUGAGUGCUCUCAAGAGCAAAACCCGUUUGCUCAACACUGAAAGAGAAGUCAGGUUCUUUGUUAUGGCGGACACAACUUAUGGAAGUUGCUGCGUUGAUGAAGUUGGAGCUUUGCAUAUUGAUUCCGAGUGUGUUGUUCACUAUGGACAAACUUGUCUAAGCCCGACAUCGGUUCUUCCAGCAUUCUUCGUUUUUGGGAAAGCUUCGACAGAAGUGUCGAGCUGCGUAAAGCAUUUGCUGGAUUACGCCUCUCACAGUGAUAAGCCUAUAAUGAUUCUCUAUGGACUAGAGUACGCGCAUGUCAUUCCGCGUAUUAGAGAAGAGCUUAUGGAAGCCUUAUCAAGGACUGAAUCUGAAGCGAAGUUCUCUGUAGCUAAUGUCAUAUGUUCAUUCAUAAGUCCUUCCAAAGAUCCUCGAGAAUCCAUGGAGCAUCCAGGACCAUCUGGCGAGAGCGAUUCUAGAAACUAUAGAUUAGGAGGACUAACUUGGGACUUGCCAGAAGGAAACAAAAUUGAAGACUAUUUGCUUUUCUGGAUCGGUUCUGAUAAUUCAGCUUUCGCCAAUGUAGUACUGACCUUCAAUGGUUGUGACCUAGUCAGAUAUGAUGCUGAAGAAGAUUCUUUGGUGACGGAAUUCGCUCAACAGAGAAGGAUACUUAAGCGACGAUACUACUUGGUGGAAAAAGCUAAGGAUGCGAAUAUUAUAGGUAUCUUGGUGGGGACUCUUGGUGUUGCUGGUUACCUUCACAUGAUUCACCAUAUGCAAGCACUCAUAUCCGCGGCUGGUAAAAAAUCUUACAUUCUUGCCAUGGGACGGCCUAACCCGGCCAAACUUGCAAACUUCCCCGAGUGCGAUGUAUUCAUUUACAUCUCAUGCGCCCAAACCGCCCUUUUAGAUAGCAAAGAGUUCAUGUCCCCUGUCAUAACUCCAUUUGAAGCAAAUCUUGCUUUUAGCAGAGGGAGUGAGUGGACAGGUGCAUACUUAAUGCAUUUCCAAGAUGUGAUUAACUCUUCAAAGACAGAAUCAGAAGCACAUAGCGAACCAGAGGAGCCACGCUUCUCCUUCUUUCAGGGUGGUUACGUAGAAGACCACAAUGCAAACGAUCAAGCUGAGAAUGGCGAGGGAGACACAGGAGAGACAAUGGCGCUGGUACAAGCUGCAGAGAAAGCAUUGCAAUUGAGAGGCAAAGAUCAGAACCAACUCACUAAACAAACCGCUGCCAAGUCAGGACCUGAGUAUUUCCUCAACCGUGCUUAUCGUGGUCUGGAGAUUAACAGCGACAAUACUUCGCCAGAGCCUUUCAUAGUUGGGAGAAGCGGGAAGGCCUCCGGAUACAAGCACGAGUAA